CGAUUUCCCCCCAAAAUUGACACUUCCCCUGCAAACAGAACUCUCUCCUCCUACACAAAUACAAAAAACUAACACAGCAGAAAAUUUCGGAGACCCCACAACUGCAAGAAACGGGAAAUUUGGCGAGUUUUAAUAAACUUGACAAAAAUAGCCAGCCAAUGAAAUAAAAACAAAUAAUAUAAUAAAACAAGAAAGACGUCAAAAUUUUCAGUCUGCCCCACACAUUUCUUUUCCCUUUUCCCUUUGGUCCACCACCCCACUCCCCACGCCCUUUCUUUCUUCCCCAUUCUCCCAAUUCCCCAGUCAAGAGUCAUGAAACCCGCCGCCUAGCACAACCCCCGAUUUCCUCCCCCCGGCGAAAAAAUCAUGCCGUCUCGCUCGAUUCUCUCGCCGGAGCAAACCGUCCAUCUCGCCGCCAGUAGCGAAUCCCCUUCCCCCGUCUUCCCUCCCUCGCCAUCUCCCCUCCUCCCCCACCACCGACUCUCUUCCCGCCAACUCCUCCCCCCACUCGCCGCCGCCACCACCACCGUGGCUUUCUCCUUCCUCCUCAUCUUCGCCGCCUGCUUCCGCAAGCUCACCCAAAAGCGGACCGUGCCUUCCGACUCCAAGCCCCCUCACCGCUUCCCUCACUCCACCCUCCGCCGCGCCACCAACAACUUCUCCCCCGCGCUCCGCCUCGGCCAGGGCGGGUUCGGGUCGGUCUUCCGGGCCACGCUCCCCGACGGGCAACUCGUCGCGGUGAAAUUGAUGGACUCCGGGUCGCUUCAGGGGGAGAGGGAGUUUCAAAACGAGCUCUUCUUCGCGUCGAAGCUCGAAUCGCCUCACGCUGUCACCGCCAUGGGAUUCUCCGCCGACAGGAGGCGGAGGGCCAUGCUGCUCGUCUACGAGCUGAUGCCCAACGGGAAUCUGCAGGACGCUCUGCUCCACAGGAAGUGCCCCGAGCUGUUCGAGUGGAAGCAGAGGUUCAGCGUCGCCGUGGAUGUCGCUAAGGGGUUGGAGUAUCUUCACUCGUUGGAUCCGCCGGUGAUUCACGGCGAUGUCAAGCCCAGCAAUGUUCUGUUGGACCAGUUCUUCUCGGCGAGGAUUGCGGAUUUCGGUUUGGCUUGGUCGAAGGCGGCGGCGGAGGAGGGGAAUCAGGGUAAUCCGGCCGAGAAUCGGGUCGUCCUUGAAAAGAGGAACGGGGAAUCGGAGAUGAAGAAGGUCGAAUUGGAGGCGGAAGAUUGUGGAUCUGUGAUGGAAGCAGAGAGCGUGACCACCGCAGGGUUCGAGGAGUUCGGUUUUGGAGUGGACCAGUCGCCGGAGAGCGUGUUCAGAGGUCCGGUGUCCCUCACGUCGCCGGAGACAGCCGGGGGUGUCAGUUUGUCGCCGGAGACGGUCGGGGUACCCAUCUCGCCGCCAACAGAGGUAAUUAUGGAUAUCGAUAAAGUUAGUGUAGCUAGCGGGAAAGAAGCAGGGGAGUUUAAAAAGAGUGGGAAAGCCUCAAAGAGUGGUAAAGAUUGGUGGUGGAAACAGGACAAUGGCGUCCCCGCCUCUGCCGCCGGUGCGGCAGCGCCGGUGAAGGACUAUGUAAUGGAGUGGAUUGGAACAGAGAUCAAGAGGGAAACCCCCAGCAGCGAAUGGAUUUCAAGUUCAACUCCAUCGACCAGCAACCAACCGAUUACCAAAACCAGCAAAAAGAAGGAACAACGCAAGCGAUUGGAUUGGUGGGUAUCACUCGACGAGGAGAAGGAGAAGAAGAUUCUCAAAAAGGAAAGGAAAAGGGCGCCAAGGGAAUGGUGGAAAGAAGAGUACUGCGAAGAGCUGGAGAAGAAGAAGAGGAAGCAGAAGAAGAAGGAACGAGAAAUGGGCAUUGUAAAGGGCAACUCCGCCGAAGAUUGGUGGCCUGCUGCAGGGGACGGAGAAGAAUCAUACACCGGAGGAAAGAAGAAGAGGAAGAAGAACAGUAGCCACGAUUGGUUCAGCGGCGAGCUCUUCAGAGGCCGAUUCAACAGCCACGACUCGCUCAGCGGGGACAUUGCAAUCCCCAAGAGCGGCGGAGUCAGCAGCACGCCGAGCAUGCGAGGGACAGUCUGUUACGUGGCGCCGGAGUACGGCGGAGGAGGGGACUUGUCUGAAAAGUCCGAUGUCUACAGCUUUGGGGUUCUGCUCUUGGUUGUGAUGGCAGGGAGGCGGCCCCUUCAGGUGACGAAUUCGCCCAUGUCCGAGUUCCAGCGUGCCAAUCUGAUACAUUGGGCUCGAAACCUGGCUCGAGCAGGGAAGCUGAUCGAUCUGGUCGAUGGAUCGAUACGAGGUUUGGAUCGAGAGCAGGCCACAUUGUGCGUCACGGUGGCUCUGCUCUGCUUGCAGAAGUCUCCGGCUGCUCGGCCGUCGAUGAAGGAGGUUGUCGGGAUGUUGAGUGGUGGUGUUGAGGUUCCUGCUUUGCCUAUCGAGUUCUCCCCUUCGCCUCCUUCAAGGGUUCGGUUCAAGUCCAAACAGCGGAAGAAGGGAAGUCUCAACACUGAUAAGCCAUUGUAGAUGAUUGGUUUUUGUUGGUUUCUUCUUUCCACUGUUUUGAUUGUAUAGAAAAGAAAGAUCCUUUUGACUUUACAAUGAACCAUUGAUCUUGCCUUAGAUAGUUUGAGUUUGAGCUGUAAUAAUACUGAGCUAAACGUGCAAGAGUUGUCUCUGCUGAAGCUCCAUUGAUAAUCAGUGUUGGAUUUUAGAGGAUUCGGUUAGGGAAGAAUUGCUUCCUUGUCUCUGAUUGCACGCCUGUGAUCUGUUGUCUCCAUCCAUUUUUGCCUGCCAUCCAUUUAUGGUAGCCGAAUUGUCAGCUUCUGCAACUUUGGGUUCUUUACUUGUUGCUCACGGUACUCGGCUCUGAUGGAUACAAUACGGCAUUUGAGGCUUGGCAUGAUCUGCCGACGGAUCGCUGGGACAAUGACACUCGAAAUUCAUCCCCUACCUGGCUAGGUAGGAAGAGGGUAAAGCUGAAAAGUUGGUUUUGUCCUGUUAUAUGUUUCAGAAGCCAGUACAGUGAAAUGUCUCCUUCGUUUGAUGAUAGUCGGUUUGCACUGAAUGGAACUGCUAGAAAACUAUAUAUACAUAUCAAACACACACAGUUAAACGAUCGUUCUUCUUGUUCCCAGGAAAAUCUGGGAAAUGCGGUCGAUUAGUCGAUCGCUUUCAGCGGUACACCGAGUUUAGGACUUGUUUGCUUGAUGAAUUUGGUGAGGGAUUUGGUGAGAUCAUGGAUUUUGUCCAAAAUCUAUUGUUUGUUUCAUGCAUUUAGGGGAAACAAAUCUGUUGGUUCCACGAACUUUAAGGGACCAAAUCCGUGGACCCCACGGACUUGAAAGUUCCACCUAUAUAGGUGGGAAUUGAUUAUGGACUUUGAAGUCCAUCAUUUUUUACCAACAUACCUUUCAUAUUUGCUUUCUCUUCUUAUAUCGCAGGUCGGGAUAGCAAUAGGGUAGCCCAUACUGUGGCUAGAAAGGCCCUAACUUUGUAUCCGGCUUCUUGUCGAUUGUUUGAUUUUCAGGCCUGGCUUCUAUCCAUGAUGUAAUUGUCUUCUUUUCAUUCAAUAUAUGAUUAUCUUUUGUCAAAAAAAAAAAAAUUUAUCAAAUCCAUAAUAAACCUAAAACCCUCAUAUAUCCAUGGUUUUUCAAAACCCAAAUUAUACCAAAACCUUCAUUUUUCAAAUUCACGACACAAACGAGCGUCUGGUGUUUAAGUUAAAUCCAUGGAUUUCAGGCUUUUGGUUAACUUGGUCCUAUAAUACAACGCAAGCAAGCCAAUCUAAGGAGUGAGCUCGGCCUGCUAUAAAAGAAACUAAAGAAAUACAUCCUGAAAGCCCAAACGAGUCCACUUGAGUUGAGUCCAUAAAUAAACGAAUAAAAGAGUCCACUAAAGUUUGACCAUUGUCCUACAUAACUAGCAGAUCAAGAAUCACAUUGUUGUGCCAAGAUUGUCAACCACGGGCCGCUCCGUCAGUUAAUUAGUUUUGUUCCUAAUUCAGUGAGAAAAAUGGGUAUGGGAUUAGGUGCUAAUUUUUAUAGGGGUUAGUACCGUGAUAAUUAGCAAAAAACGCUACUAAAAAUAACGAAAUCACUACGGAUUAUUAUAAAAUCAAUACAACAUCUAAGCUAAAUCACUACUAAUUCAAACUAGUAGUAGUUUUACACUUGGUUAGAACGGUGCUAACUAUUGUACAAUUAGCACCGUAGCCGUUCCCGAAAAAUGGUCCACAUACUUACGAGUCGAUGUGCGAUAAGCUUAUCGAAUUAUAGGUCAUACAGAGUCAUUUUUCCUUUUAGUUAGCGAAAUGCUUCUCUUUUGCAAUUUUACUAUUCACCUAGUUCUCUCUUUGGAAUACUAAGUUAAACAUUUUAAUAUUGAUGUUAUAUAAGUGUAUCUGAAUUUUCAUUAUAUGUUGGAUCCAAGUACGAUAUGUUUUUUUGGUGUAAUGUUAUAUACUAUUACUCAUGAAAUUUUAUAUAAUUUAUAAAUGAACAAUAUAAUGACUUUUUCAUAUUUUCGAACUAAACCGGUAAAGUGGUCGGACCAUUAAUCCUCAACCCACUUGUUCAACUAGACUAGCAGGUUAAACCGAGUUGACAACGUUGAUACCAUCCAUCAUGCAUACGUCUAGAACCCCCCUCCCCCUCCCCUACUGACACUAUUUAAGCUAACGAGGCUUCAUUGUGUCUUGUUGCACUAGAUGACUUAAACACAAUUUUUUAUUUAUCAUAGAUAGAUUGUUAAUUUAUAGAUAGGGUAUUACAAGGUAUUGAAAAGUAAAUAGUGGUAGUCAAACAAUUGUUGAGCUACCGAUGCAAGGACCGUUUUUGUCACACAGUAGGCAGUCCUGUUAGUUCUACGAGGAGAAAAAAAACAAAACAAAUGAAUGAAGAGGUCUUCAGCAAACAAACUUCCUCAAGUAUUGCACCACUCCAGUCAUCAUUCUCCAUAGCUCGCCGAAUGACAAGUUGCGAGUCACCAAAAAAACAAAUAGAAGAAAAACCACGAGUUAAGAACCAAUCCAUUGAAUCUCGAAGCGCUAAAAGUUCCAUUAUGAACGGAUCCGACAGACCUUCACAGAACUUACCGUAAGCACAAACUAUGGAGAACUCACAAGAGAAGCCCACAAAACCAAUGGUUCCCUCCUAGAUUCCGUUGAAGAGCACCAUCAAAGUGGACCAGAAGCCCCCCUGGAGGGCAAGUUGCUGCCGCAUCCAACUGUGGAGGGUGUCGAACUGCUGGGUUCCUUCGUGGAGUUGGACUCAAAGCCGCUCUCCAUUCAUCUCGCUACGCAGUAAAUUGUUGAUAGAGUUUACCCGACAAGUAUCGGAUAUGGUCAUAAACUAAACAACAACGCCCUUCCAAAGCCUCUAUGAUAAGAACACUAAUUCUGCAAUGCCAAAUUUUUUCAGUUGCAGAGAAAAGAAAAGUUGGUGCCAAGCUAGAUCAGCGUCCAAAUGACCUAUGGCUUGGCGAAUAUGAUCCUUCCCAACGAAUACCCAAACCACACAAGCUAUUUUUCAAUUAAAAAGGUAGUGGGAUACAUUUUCAGCUGCAGUUAAACACACAAGACAUAUACUUGUUGAACUUAAUGACUUAGCCUGAAGAAUUGAGAGGAAUGGCAAGAAGCCUCGCACAAUCCGCCAUAAAAUGAAUUUCAACUUGGGCGGGAUAGUAAACUCCACAAUGUCUUCCAAAACAGCUUAUCCAGGUGCUGUGGGAGUGCUGCAAACAUUUCAAUUCUGGCCGUCGACAGUAAUUGAUAUCCCGUCUUCACUGUGUACUAGCCCGUGUUGGAGUAAUGGCAAAUGAGUUUGUUAGGCUGAGAAGAUGCCAGGAGAGGAAUGGAAAGGAUCCAUGUCACGUUGUCACUGGUGAAUGUAGCUCGAAUAAGAUCACCAUUCUAUGUACGGGUGAGCGAAUGAAUUAGAGACGCCACAUAAGGGUUCGCCACCGAGACACCCUGUAAAAGAACUGGUGAAGAAGGAGGAGAAGAUGGUAACCAAGGAUCUGCAAGAGUGAUUAUGGUUGUCUUGCAUCCAACUUGCCAUCUAAGCCCAUUUUUAAGUAACUUCAACUUUUAAGUACUCUAUGCCAAGCUAAAGAAGGUCGGUUACCCGCUGGUGCAUUUAGAAAGUCACAUUGGGGAUGAUAGCUCGCAUUGUACAUACGAGCUAGAGUGGAAUUAGUGGAUAUCAAAACCUUCCAAGGUUGUUUAGCCAACAUGGCCACAUAACAAAGUCAAAAUCACGGAAUCCCAACCUUCCAUGAAAUUACGGACACCUAUAGCUGGCCAAGAAAUCAAAUGCUUCCCGUCAUCUUUGUCCUGGCCAGCCCACCAAAAUUGCGCUAAUUAACUAUUCAAUCGACAACAGCUAGCAGAUGGAAUUCUGAAGGAGAACAUCGUGUAGACUAGAGUCGUCGAGCCAAUAGCUUUGAUCAUCACUUCUUUUGUUGCCAAGGAGAGAGCUUUAGACUGCCAACUCUGAAUGCAGGCAGUUAAUGCAUCCUCGACAAAUUGGAAGGUGAGAACCUUAGAACUCGGAAUAUGCGCUAGAAAACCGAGGUAUUUAUCAAGAUUUUCAAUUGAUGAGACUCCCAAAAGGGUUGCCAACUCCUGAGCUUCCCGAUUAGAAAUAAUAGAACUAAAACAAACUGUGGAUUUCUGCAGGUUAACCUUUUGUCCACCAGCCGCCUCAUUCAAACUCAAAAGUUGGAAAAGAUGAUUGCAUUUUGUAGAAGAGGCCCUCAGAAAAAGAUAUGAAUCAUCGACAAAGAAUAGAUGCUAGGUGGUGGGGGAAAUAUGCCGAUGAAUCUUCAGGCCAUGGAGUUGCUGUGAUCCGAGUGAAUUGGAGAGCAAGAUCGAGAAAGCUUUUGUAUAUGUAGCAAAAUGAAUAGGGACAUUAGAU